AGGCAGGGAAGGGGUCACUGGCUUCCCAGGGCCCGCCGGCCGCAGCAGGAAGUUGGCCAGGGCUCGGCCAUGAGCGGAGCGGGGAGGGCUUCUCCGGAGCAUGGGCGAGGCCGGCCCUGGAGGGGCGAGGACCGGGUAUAUGAAGCCUCGUGGCCAGGCCCGGGCAUCCGCAGGUCCCCAGCGCGCCCCGAGCCCCUGCGCCAUGAAGCUCGCCGCCGCCCUCCUGGGGCUCUGCGUGGCCCUGUCCUGCGGCUCCGCUGCUGCUUUCUUUGUGGGUUCGGCCAAGCAUGUGGCCCAGCCUGUCACUGAGCUGGAGUCGGGAGCAGAGGCCGCGGCCGGGACCCUGGCCAACCCCCUGGGCACCGCGGCCGACACCCUCGGCGCCCUCAACCCCCUUGGCACCCUCAACCUGCUGAAACUCCUGCUGGCAAGCCUGGGCAUCCCCGUGAACCACCUCGUAGAGGGCUCCCAGAAGUGUGUGGCUGAGCUGGGCCCCGAGGCCAUGGGGGCACUGAAGACCCUGCUGGGGGUCCUGACGAUGUUUGGCUGAGCCGACUGGAGCAGCUACACCUGAGGACAAGCCGCUGCCCAUCCGCGGGGGCUGAAAACCCCACUGCGGGGCGGACCGUCCCGUCCCCUUCCCCGGCCCCUCUCAAUAAACGUGGUUAAGAGCA